GGGGUGUGUGCGCGCGGUGCACACCCCGGUCCUGUGCGUUCAAUCCUGCAGCCUCGCGAGUUGCGCUGACCAGCCUCUCAGCCCGGAGUGCAUCGUCAAAGUUUGCGACGCCUUCCUGUGCGUGUUUUUCCCCCCUCGAGUAAAAGACGAUUAUAUAAAUUGGUUAUUUCUCCAAGUAUUGCUUUCACAACUGAAAGGGAAGACGGAGAAGUGCAGCGGAGUGAGAUACUAAAUACUCAGUUUUCCAAAGAAGUCAAGGAAUAAUGGACAGCAAUUUGGUGGAAAUAUUUAAGGAAGACAAGUGCCUGUCCGUGAUGUCGGAAGACUGUUUCAUUAACUCCACAUGGCUGCCUGUUUAUUCUGACACGGACAAUUUGACGACCCCAGGCACCUGGGAGACUGAGUCCAUGCCGCCGAUCAUACCUCUUAUCACGGCAGUUUACUCCGUGGUGUUCGUGGUCGGCUUGGUGGGUAACUGCCUUGUCAUGUAUGGCAUCAUCAGAUAUACGAAGAUGAAGACGGCCACCAACAUCUACAUCUUCAACCUGGCGCUGGCUGACGCCCUGGUCACCACCACCAUGCCCUUCCAGAGCACCUACUACCUGCUCAACUCGUGGCCCUUCGGUGAGGUGGUCUGCAAGGUGUUCAUCUCCAUCGACUACUACAACCUCUUCACGAGUACCUUCACACUCACCAUGAUGAGCGUGGAUCGCUACAUCGCCGUCUGUCACCCCGUCAAAGCCCUUGACUUUCGCACGCCCGUCAAGGCCAAGAUGGUCAACGUAUGCAUCUGGAUCCUAUCUUCGGCGGCUGGGAUUCCUGCUAUGGUCCUUGGAAGCACUCAGACUAACAACGGAACCACGGAGUGUGCCCUUCAAUUCCCUGAGCCAUACGUCUACUGGGACACGCUGAUGAAGAUCUGCGUGUUCAUCUUCGCCUUCAUCGUGCCAGUGCUCAUCAUCACAGUGUGCUACUCAUUAAUGAUUCUGAGGUUGAAGAGCGUUCGGCUGCUAUCUGGUUCCCGGGAGAAGGAUCGCAACCUGCGACGGAUCACCAAGCUGGUCCUGGUGGUGGUGGCCGUCUUCGUGGUCUGUUGGACACCCAUCCACAUCUUCAUCCUGGUCAAGGUGCUUGCCACCGUGCCCUCCACCACUGCUGUCAAUGCUGCCUACUUCUUCUGCGUGGCCCUAGGCUACAUUAAUAGCUGCCUCAACCCCAUCCUCUACGCCUUCCUGGAUGAAAACUUCAAACGUUGCUUCAAGGACUUCUGUCUGCCCUCUAAACUGAAGGCAGACCGGACCAGCAACACCCGGGCCAGGAGCACUCUCCGAGAACCCUCUCAGCCUCGGGAGAACCUGGACAGAACCGGCAAGCCCGUAUGACUAGCCGUGGAACUUUCCUCCUUUACACCACAUGGAAGAGAAGAUUCAAAUGACCUUGGCUUAACCCAGAUCACAUCGGCUGUCUGAACCCAUGACACAACAUCUUCUGCUGCAGAAUCUACUGAUAUUCAUCUGCUUUGAGGAAGACUGCCGCAAACCCAACACAUUCAUGCACCCCAUUUCUCAAAGAAACUACAGAAAUAACCAUUCGCCGGUAAAAAAUCUAAUCAUGUUGGACAGAUUUGUUUAGUUAAUGAUGGCGGACUAUACAACAUGAAACAUCCAUCAGCAAAUGAUCGCGUAUCCAAGUCCCAUAUGUAGGAAAAAUAUUUAAUGAUGUGUCUGUCGGAGAAAAGUUCCUGCAGGAUUUGAUCAAGGAUGGAAUAUGUGUCGCGUUCAUGUUCAUAGUUUCAGUAUUCAUUUAGAACUAUAGAAUGUUCCAGAAAGGACACUGAUUUGUAUUCCACCUUUGAUGUACAUGCAAGUGGAGGAUUUAAGUAAUGUGAGAAUAUUGUACAUAUAACGUAUUUGUAUAGUGCGUUGUUAAUAGCUAUUUAUAGAGGCAGGAAGAGGUCCUCCAGAUCCAUGAAAUUCUUAGCGCUCACAUUCUCGGAUCUACCUCGGUACCUCUUGGCAUCUCUCUGUGCUGUAGUCAGGUGGCCUCGGGUGUGAAUGUCUUGAAGUUAUCGAAAAUAAUCUCUCUUCACAUAAGUGUGCUUUUUCCGUUAGCUGUUAUGCCUGAGAAGCUCCAUGGAAUCAGCUACAUGGAAUGAGAAUCAGCCAAAGCUAUUGGCUCUGCAGGCUGUGCAGCUUUCUUUGGUGCGUGAAACAUUUAAAUAAUGCUCUCGUACUUAUUUUAAAUAGUCAUAUAGGGGUUUCCCAUCAUCGCCGAAUGUUUUGCACACUGAGUUUUUCCAUAUCUUUUCUCUGGAUGCCUGUAUUAUAUUUGGUACAGGUAAGUCGGCCCUCAGUAGAGCAGAGCUCGUAUCCAUGCUCAUUUUAUUUAUGUAACAAAUCCCUUUGUCCAAAGUGAUAUGCAUGUAAGGAAAGCUUUAACACAGGAGAGCAGGGCCAGUCAGCAUCUGUGGAACUGUUGGAAUUAGGGUCUUGUUCAAGGCGAUUAUUCUGCCCACUACAGAAUUUGAACCCACGAUCUCCAGGAUAGAGGCACAGGUGCCAAACCCACAGCCACACACCACCUCUCCAUCACAAGCCACCAACCAACACUGAUAUUCCCUGAAGUUGCUAUUCCUUGUAGAUCCCAAAGGGAACUACAGAUCAAAGCCUAACGAUCCCACAUACACCAAGUACACAAGUGCGGGAUUUUAGUGUUUAAUGACAUUCAGGAAGAUCUUUCAUAUUAUCUCGUUAAGAGCUUUUUACUUUUUAACUUUCCUUCUUGCAUCCCAAGUUGCUUGGCCAAGGCCGUAAGCAUUUUAAUCAUUUUUAAGAGGUAUCCCAGAAGGCCCCCUACCAGGAUUUCAACCUUUUGCCCAAUAGCUGCAGCAUUUACACAAGUUGCUCCUGGUUUAGAAGCAAUUCUAGUAUCUUUGUAUAUUAAUAAUGCUAAGAGCUGAUUCUUGAAGACAUCACAGGCCUGUUUUCUUUUUAUUUGUAUUUUCGACAUGCCUUACACAUGUAGAUAAUCCAUUUCUGAGAGGCUCUUUUGAGAAUUGCCAUUUCACUCAAUGUUAUGAGUAUUAAUAUUGUGUAAAAAAAAACUAUUUUAGUUGGCGUUAAAAAAGAAAUCAGCGUGACGUGUGUCAGAGGUCAAGAAGAGUAGUUGGGAACAUAUAUUCAAGGACAAUGAUCUGAUGGUAGGAAAACACUUAGUGUUUAUAGCCUAGUUUUACUGACAGCCACUUGGUUUUAAACUUUUCCUGACACGUCAAGGGGAGAAUAGCAAUUUUCAUUGUGCCAUUUUUUUAAUGUACAGUCUUUUAUGGAAAGAAUAGUAUUGUUUUAUUUAUCACAAGUGACCUUGAACAUCCAGGAUCCAUGUGUCAGAGUUUGCCAGUUGGACUCUCUGUGCCACGGAACGUUUGCACUGUAAGUCACACACUCUGAAAUUCCCAGAGCUGAAUGAUGCACUUGGAGCCUAGCCUUGAAUUUGACAGCCCGUGGGAUUAUAUCCAUAAUCCAUUGCUGCUGUGGGUAUAAAAGGAUAUUCCAGCUCAGAAUGGCGUCCUUUAUUCAAGUUGAACUUGAACUUCCUGUUAGAAGAUGGUGGGAUCAGGAAUCCUGGAGUUGAAUGUUCAUUUGAAAUUUGACAGAGGGCUUUACACUUUGACCUUUGCAGGUCAAGUUGUAAUUAUUAUAAUAUAGUUAAUAUUUACAUCUGUGAUAUGUGUUUCACUUUUGGAUGCAUUGAUGUAUAUAGUAACAUCUCACUUACACAAGCUUACCCACAAACACAUUUCAAAACUGAAAUUAAGGUUGCUAGAUUAAUUGCAUGUUGACCAGCUUUAAGGUAGAUAUUAUAAACUGCACAUGGCCAAACUAACACAUUCACAUUGGCAGGUCAUUGUAUUUAACCAAAAAUAUAAAACAUAUACUUAUCAAGUUACUUAUUAGGAAAGGAUCAUUACAUUCACUGACCUUGACAUGAAAUUACUGUUAAGCUUGUGUGUGUGUGCGUGCGUGUAUGUGUGUGUGUGUGCGUGUAUGUUUACCCGACUUAUAUGUGCGUCUGUGUGUGUUUUAUUCCUGAUCAUUCACCUUGUGUUUUUCCCACUGUGUACAUAAAAGGGGAUUUUAAUAUGAAUUUGUAUAGGUUAUAUAAUAAUGUAUUAUGGUUAUACUGCAGUAUUGGAACAAUAUAUGCUUGUUUUUGUAACAAAUUUGAAGAGAUGGUUCAGCAACAUGACCUUAGAACAAUAUUCCAUUCCCUGUUAUUGCAUAAGUGCGAAUGUUGUAUAAAGCUUUAUUUUGCUGUUAAAUGGACAAAUGCCAUGCUAAGAAAAUGUCUCCCUGCUUUGUUAUUGAAGCACCCGGAAGAUUUCCGCCUUAGACAACCUGUUUCCAUUAUGUUGAAAUUGUAUAGCCUCGAACUGUUUGAUUAAAUGAAAUACUGAAUAAAGAAUAAAGACAAGAUGA